UUUUUUUAUUUUUAUUUUUUUUACCAGCCCAAAUCACCUUAAGUUACAACUUUGUAUCUCCCUAUAAAUACCUCCAAUUGUCCAACACUUUCAUUCAUUCAAUUUUGUUGUUAUACAACUCAUUAUUAAACAUUAAACAAUGGAUUCAAGUGUCUCCAUUCUUACUAGCUUUGUCACACCAUGGAAUCAACCAUCCCAAAAGAAAAAUUCCAUGAUGCAAAAACAAACUACCAAUGUCCCAAAAAAUUUCAUUUGGUCUCUUAGUGAUGAUAUCAAUCAACCUAAAAAGAAACUCGACGCCCCAAUUAUUGACCUUGAAGGUUUUAUUAGGGGAGACGAAACGGCCACCAAAAAAGCUUCUGAAGCUCUCAAAGAAGCCUGUGCGAAUCACGGUUUUUUUCAAGUGAUUAACCAUGGGGUUUACCCAAAACUCUUGAAUGAGGCUUACAACAACAUUGGUCAGUUUUUUAGUCUACCACCCUCAGAAAAGGCAAAGGUCGUGAAAAUGCGUGGUUCGUUAUGGGGCUUGUCCGUGGCUCAUGCUGAUCGUUUGACGACGAAUUUACCAUGGAAAGAGACGCUAUCUUUCCCUCACCGUACCAAGUCCGACGGCGAUUCUGUCGUGGAUUACUUCACCUCGGCGUUAGGCAACGAGUUUGAGCCUAUGGGGACGGUUUACAAAAACUAUUGCAACGAAAUGCAAAAACUAUCCCUAGUGAUAUUGGAACUAAUGGCUAUCAGUUUGGGAGUAGAACGAUCCUACUACCGCGAUUUCUACAAGGAUGCAAACUCGAUCAUGCGAUUGAACCAUUACCCGCCUUGCGAGGAGCCAAGUUUAGUCCUAGGAACAGGGCCGCAUUGCGAUCCGACAUCCUUAACAUUAUUGUACCAAAAUGAAAUUGAAGGUCUAGAAGUGUUUGUCAACAACGAGUGGCAUUUAGUCGAACCUCGCAAUGAUGCACUAGUCAUAAACAUUGGAGAUACCUUGAUGGCUAUGACGAACGGGGAAUACAAGAGUUGUUUGCACCGGGCAAUAGUGAACGAGAAGGUGGCGAGGAAUACAAUGGCGUUCUUCCUAUGCCCGGCGGACCACAAAGUCGUUACACCACCAUCGGAAAUACUAGAGAAUAAGCAAAGGAAGUAUCCAGAUUUUACAUGGGCUGAUGUUGUUGAGUUCACUCAGAAACACUACAGAGCCGAUGCCAAUACUCUUGACGCCUUCACCAAUUGGUUUUGGUCAAAUGCAUCUUCGAAAGAAAAUGAUGCUAAGCUUGAGAACGUAGAAAAUUAACCAUUAUUUGGCACAACAUUAUGUCUUUAUGAUUAAUGUUAAUAUUAAUAAUAUUUAUCCUUUGUCAAAAAAAAAUAUUUAUUAAUAAUAUAUGUA